AAUAAAAGUUGCAGCUUUCAAUCUUCCUUUGUCUGUCCGCAACGGCCGUCAGCUUCACUGCGUAUAAAAAUUCCUCGCUUCCUCUGGACGAGGAAUUGAAGAUUCAAUUGCCUUCCCAUAUUCUUCUUCGACACGGCGAGGGAGAUGGGGUCGCUGGAUCGAUCCAAGAAGAGGAGCCACCUGUUGAAGAAGGCGCUCGUGCACUUCUCCCUCUGCUUCGUGAUGGGCUUCUUCACCGGCUUCGCGCCCCACAGCACCGCCACCCUCUUCCACCACCGCCCCGUCAAGAGCGUCGGCGUCGUCCCCUCCGCCCCUGUCGACCCCAUGGAGAGGGUCAUCGACGCGAGCCUGAUCCAGAUCCCGAGAUCUUUCCCGGCCGCCGUCCUGCCUGAGGGCGACGCCAAUCCGCCGCCUCCCAAGGAUGUGGGGCGGGGUCACGAGCCGCAGUCGCCGUCACGGCGGCUGCUGAUCGUUGUGACGACCACCCGAUCCAACGACCGGCUCCAAGGUGCGUACUUGCGGCGGCUGGCGCACACCCUGCGCCUGGUCCCGCCGCCGCUGCUGUGGGUCGUCGUCCAAGCCCACGCCGACGCCCUCGCCACCGCCGAGAUGCUGCGGACCACCGGGGUCGUGUACAGACACCUGACCUUCAUGGAGAAUUUCACCGACCCUGAGGCGGAGGCCGACCACCAGCGCAACGUCGCCCUCAGCCACGUCGAAUACCACCGUCUCGCUGGGAUCGUGCUCUUCGCCGCCGCAUCGAACGUCUACGAUCUCAGAUUCUUUGAUGAGAUCAGAGAGAUCGAGGCUUUUGGGACAUGGACAGUGGCUGUCAUGUCGACAAACAGGAAGAGAGCAGCAUUGGAUGGUCCAAUUUGUCAUUCAUCGAAGGUUGAAGGGUGGAUCUUGAAGGACUUGAGCGAUGACAAAAGGUUGUUGGUGACUAGCACAGACUUGAACCAGAAACCUCCAAAGAUUAAUAUUUCUGGCUUUGGAUUCAAUAGCUCGAUAUUAUGGGAUCCCGAGAGGUGGGGUCGCCCUACCUCAUUGCCCGACACAUCACAGGAUUCAAUCAAGUUUGUGCAUGAUGUCAUCCUGGAAGAUGAAACCAAGUUGAAGGGCAUUCCAGCUGACUGCUCCAGGAUCAUGGUGUGGCAACUCUAGAUGCCCAGAGCAAUUCCUCUGCCUUUUCACUCCCAAAACCAAGACAGAAACAAAAAAAAAAAAAGAGGUAGAUAAGGUGAGAAACCCAAAAGGGGUCAUGUAAAUGAGAAGGGAACUGUUUCUAGCUCUUCUUUCUUACAUCUUUUCUUUUUGGGGAAGGUUGAGAUUAGUCACCUCCCCAUCAACACACCAUUUAUCAUUACUUCCUGGUAUUAUUCUUUCACUUGGUGGAUGCUCAUACAGUAUAGUAAGGGUUGGUUACCAUUGUUCCUGUCAUAGAUCAUUGCUUCCCUAGCCAUUGGAUUUGUAGUCUUUGAAGUGUCUAAUAUCUAUUUUUUUUCAAUAUAAACCUAAAUUAUAGAUCCAUUUGUGAUUUCAAGA